GUUGAGAAAGCAAACAAAAAUUUGAAGCCCUAAUCCUAGUUUACAACCCUACUUCAAAACCCUAACCUUAGUAUGAAACCCUACUUUAAAACCCUAGCCUUGAUUGUCCUGUGUUUUUCCAGCAAUGCAGUUCCUUCUUUUUGCAGAUGAACACUCUGGAAGAUAUCCCAUUUGGAAGCCCACUGGGGUCACUGGGACAGGAUGUGUACUUCAUGACGCCCCCUGACAUCUCUGUGCCGGACUGUCUUCGGAUCAUGCAAGAAACUCAGUAUGGCUUCAAUUUGGAGAAGCUCAUAUUAACAGGCCAGCAGCCUGCCUACCAGGCUCCAUCGUGUCCUCCCUACUGGCUGAUGUUCAGCAGCCCUCACGAGUGCUACAGGGCCCCUCACAGGCUCGACGAUCCUUGGGCCUCUAAACCUCGCCGCCGUAGUCACAGUGUGAACUCUGCAGACUCCUACUGGCUACACCACCGCGCGCACCCAUACGACUCGGACGAAGAAGACGGCUACUGCGAGGACAACGAAGGCUCGUCCCCCGAAGACAGUCCUCAGGAGCCCACCAAGAGUCGAGAGCGGCCUCGUAGCACCGCCCUUUCCAGGGUCAAAGACACGCACUUCGGUCUUCCCGCUCAGUGCCGCAGGACCCGGUUGAGCCACAGAGGUGCCUUGGAGUCUCCCGAGUGCAGCGGCACCAAGAAGAGGCAGCGAGCACACAGUGCUGUGGGCAGAUUGCACGCCCAAAAUAAUCACCCUUCCGGAAGGCUGCAGCAGCAACGACCCUCCUCCGCAGGCCCUGUCAUCAAAAACCGCCGGCAAAAGGCCUUCAGGACUGGAGGCUUCCUUGACUCAGCCACGGAGCUGCUGUCCGCGCUCAGCCAAGAAGAGAGGGAGCUGCUGGAGGCUGUCACGGACAGAGGGUACCCGUUACAGACGGCCAUCUUGGCUCUGCAGAAGACUGGAUACAACACACCAGACAAGCUCUUAAAAUACCUGGCAGCCUGCAAUCAUCUGUGCGAGUUGGGCUACGAUGAAGCUCAAGUGGAGGAGGCCUUGGAGAUGUUCCAGAACUGUGAGACCAAGGCUGCAGAGUUUCUGCACCUCCUGACUCAGUUCAAUGAGAUGGGCUUCCAGCAAAGUGCCAUCAAAGAAGUGCUGCUUGUUCAUGAAAAUCAUCGGGAAAGGGCUCUUGAAGAACUAAUGACCCGCAUGACUUAAAUCGUGGAGCUCGGGUAUCAAACUAAAAGCUUUGAUUCAGUAUUAGUGUAUAAAUUGGCGGCGAUUAUAAAUUUAGUUAUGUUUCCAUCACAACUAUGAGAUGAUUAAACAAAAAAAAAGUUUGAACCCCCCCCCAAAAAAAACGAGUUUGGCACCUGUGAAUGUGAGCAGUUGUGGCAUAAUGAAAAAUUAAAUACAUAAAUUGGAAAAAAAAAAAUCAGGACCUCGCUACAGUUUUAUUCAAACUUUUAUUUAGAGAUGGAUUCGAAAAGCAUUGUGUUUCUCAAGAACGUACUGAGUAGCUGUCAUUCCAGCUAGGUAAAACUAUUGAUGUAGUGGCUGAAGCACAAAAAAUAAACAAUAAAAAAAAUGGAGAAGUGACAGAAAAAAAGCACAUUUGUUACGAGCGCUGA